AUGAAAGCAUUAGAAAAUCGGACAUUGGAUUCGAAACGAGAAAUGGAUAUUUUAGAUGCAUUAGAUGAAAUUAGAACUAGAAAUGCGAGAAAUGAACGAGUUGAUGCAGAUGCAUUAUUAGAUAAAUUAUUAGAGUUGGCGAAAGCUAUAUUUAAUACGGUUGAUGGAGAUAAAGUUAAGAGGGUUGCAGAUGAAGAGCCAGAACUUUCACAAUUACUCUCUGAAUCAGCAAAAUCUUUUGUUAUACCGAAAUUUAAUAAUACAAAUUCAGCUGAUAAAAAUAAAGUUGCGGAGAAUUCGAAUAAACGAAAGAAAAUGGGAUCCGAACUUGGAAUUGUAAUUAAAAAGAAAAAAACAGAAAAUAAUAAUUCUCUAGGUUCUUUGUUGGGAGAUUAUGGAUCUUCUGAUCAAGAUUCUGAAUAA